CAUAACUGAGCCGAAAUCUUUUGUUUUUACAUUGAUUUUACAUUUUACAAUUUAUUACUGCCUUAAGACUAUGUUAGUUUGGGAAGCCGAAGUACUCGCGGCUGUUUCGAGGUUAAGGAUUGAAAAAAAAAAUAAAAUAAAAUUGGGAAGGACGGGUCUAUGGGUUUAAAACUAAAUUAUUUGCUAACUUAUACUAAAAACAUUGAUGGAACAAAUUAUCCAUAUCUGUAACGGAACCAAAAAGAAAGGACUUUAUUGGUAGACAACGACAAGAAGAGGACAAACGGAAGGGGGGCAACGACAGACAGGGUCGAACAACAAAACCAAAAGGCAGACAACGAAAACAAGGAACGUACUACAUCAAACUCUGACAUCAACACGUUUCAAAAACUGGUAAAUCAGGUUCAUGUAUUCCAAAUCAAGUCCUGCCAACACUUCUCUAACGGGUUUCUGUUGUUUUCCUCGGACCCGGAGAAUUUCAUGCAGCUCAGAUCUGACCUCACGAUACUCAUUGCAUCCCCACACGACAUGUUCGAUAUCCUGGUAAGCCACGCCACAGACACAGAGAUUGCUUUCUGAGAGCCCAAUACGGAAGGUACAGUAUCGGACAAUAAAAAUGCACCAAAGCCGUUUUCCCAUACAAACUAGUCAACUUUGGAUUGCCAUAUCUCAGUUAUGUCUCAACCGAUUGUCUUCAUUUUUCUAUGACGAACUACAAAACAUUUCAAUUUUCAAAAACUAUUGAAAAAGUUCAGUGAUAACUAUUGUUACAAAAGUUACAGAUAGGUUGAAUUUUGACAAUAAAAAUGCACCAAGACAAAAAAUUGUGUAGCUUAAAAUGUUGAAGUUAAAUAUCUAUGGUGUCUUCAGCAAAAUUAUUGGUCAUCACACAAGAAACAUAUUUGCCGAAGCCACCAUAGUGAUUUGACUUCAGCAUUUUUGGCUACAUAAUUUUUUGUCUUGGUGCAUUUUUAUUGUCAAAAUUCAACCUAUCUGUAACUUUUGUAACAAUAGUUAUCACUGAACUUUUUCAAUAGUUUUUGAAAAUUGAAAUGUUUUGUAGUUCGUCAUAGAAAAAUGAAAACAAUCGGUUGAGACAUAACUGAGAUAUGGCAAUCCAAAGUUGACUGGUUUGUAUGGAAAAACGGCUUUGGUGCAUUUUUAUUGUCCGAUACUGUAGUUGUAAAUUUGGAGGAUAACUAACAUUACUAUUUGUUAUAAGCUAAAGAAGGCAUUUAUUACACUAUUUAUCGCCAAAACCUUCGCGACUCACCUAGAAUUAGUUUGAGAAACGCUGGAUUAACCAAAUGCAUUUUCCUUACUUUUUUGGGGACGACUUUCAGAAAAUCACCACCCAGAUUUUUGAAGACAUGGUGUAAAUAGUGGGACGGCCUCAGCGAGGGUUACCCUUUUGCUUUUCAAAGCUUGGCGGCAUGUUCUAUUCUUAUUGGCACCCUAAUACAAUGAUAUAUGGUACUAUAUGUGAUAUAGCAAGAGCGAUUGCUCUUAGUUCAGAUGGGUUACCUACACAGCACAAAUUGUUUAAUCCUUGGCGAACCCGAAACGGUAAGCCGCGCGCUCCUAAUGAAGAUGCAUGGUUAUUUGUUUGAAUGAGAUACUAAGUAUACCUUCAUAGAUGCUUUAGAGUAAGUACGGGCCGGGCAGUUCGCUACCACAUGUUUUAAAGCACGAUAAGAUAGGUAGAUAGACAGUGAGGUAAACGAGAAUGAGUAGGUUUAGAAAAAAAGGGAAACGAAACAAUCGAACGACAAUCAGAGCUCGUGCGAAUUUGAAGUGGGUUCGUACUAUACUCGAACGGAUAACAUCAGUUCGAUUGACCCAUUCAGGUACGUGCGACAGGAUUACCAACGCAACUGACAGGUAUAGAUAGAUAAGGUAGUUUGCUGCAGAGAGACGUGAUAGAUAAGAAAAUUAUGACAGUGAUUUUUUUUUGUGAUGCAUAGAGAUAGAGAAGAGACGACUGGGUUUGUUUCAUUUAGAUGUAGCCAUGUACAACAAUGCAGAUAUUACACAACUAGAUAUAGAGAAACGUCGAACAGCAAAGAUUAAAGAUUCGUUUUGUUCAGCAAAAGACAAUUCACAUGAGCUGAGUUUGCGAUGUUUCAAUUUUAUUUUUCAAUUUCACUUGGGUUGUUUCAGUAUAUGAGUUGCGAUACAGUAAAUAAAUUAUUAUUAGUUGCCAAGUCCCUACCAGAUGAUCAUGAGAUAGUGUUCAUCAAUUAUAACGUAAUAAUGAUGUCACUCGUGGGUGUAACUGGUUUACACCGCGUAUCAGCACGAGAUGAAGAAAAGUGCUUCGUAGUUUGGCUAUGCAAGCAUGUGCCGGUGCCAUUCUAUCGAAACCGCAUCAUCCGCUUCGUUGCGGCGAACAUUUUCGAUUUGCUACGUUUCCUCAGCAGCACAAACACACAUUCCUACUUCUCUCUAUACGCGUGGUGGGAAUCAACGAACAAUGUCAAUGCUUAUCCAAAUAUUUGCCAAAGGCAAUUGCGGAUUCUAUUUAUAGAAGAGGCAUUCCAUGCCAAAUCGAUGAAUGGUUUAGCAAAGGCCAUUUCCGAUAUCUCAUAGAAUUAUUCAGCAUCAUGUAAUGCAAUUUAUAAUGUGUAUAAAAAUGACUAAGGCACAUUUUUUUUUGAAAAAAAAAGCACGAAGAAAAUAAGUAUAUCUGCAAUUAUUAAGGAUUCCCAACCAACAUAUUACACAGCCCAAGUAACAUUUUGAUGACCAAUUAGUCUUUUUAUGUUGGUUUUAUGAUGGUUUUAAGAACCUCGUCUAGUCGAUUUGAAUAGAAAAUGUUACUUGGCAGCACUACACUGCCUCGAUUCGCACAACAGUCCCAUGUGAAUAGGAAACCCAGCAAACAUGGGAUUGUUAUGCGAAUAGGGGCAGUACAGAAGGCUUAAAAAUAGCGUCAACUAAUAGCGAAAAAUACAAAACCUGUCAAGCAGUUUGGAAGUCCGCAUAAUUUCAGCAUGGGUCUCACUAGUCCAAUAUAACAUAAGGUAGGUCUUUAUUUCGAAAAUAUUAUCAAUCACGAGAUUAAAAUGGAAGAAGGUCCAAAUGGAACAGGCUGACGAGAGCUCUGUCCCCCUCUUUGAGGAGAGAGACCUCACUAUCUCCAGUAGUUUUUUCUCAAAUAACUGAUUGUCAUAAAUACAGUUUCAGCAUAUAGUUUCUGUAGUUUGGUAUCGGAACGGAAAGUUCCCAUUUUAACUGAGUUGAUGGAAGUAGUCCAGCAGUUAUUCCAAUAACUUCGUUAUAUGUUGGAGCAAGGCAGGUGAUUAGCGUAUCUCCAGCCAGUCAGAAGACUUUGCUGUUCUAACAAGGGUUCCACUGUUGCUACAUUAAUGCGGUUUAGACAAGGUACGGAGGAUGUUCUAUCUUGUCUGACGGUUCUUCCUGAUUCCAUUCAGAUGAGCUUCAAAAUGUAGCUGGCGAUUGAGUUGCACUCCGAGUACAGCUAUUGGUCUUCUUGUAGGAAUCGGUGCUCUAGUAAUGUCCAGUGCGUUUGCAUGCUGAAAUAACGGGUCCAGUUGUGAGAUGUUGAAAUAACGGGUAGCCGAGAUCAUCAGGGCCGGCUAAUUUACCCUUGGAAUGAUGUAAGACGAAGUUCAGUUUCUCCACACGGUUCGGAGAGUUAUCAAAAGACGUGCGUUUUCAUCCGGUAUUACUAGGUUUGCUACGCUGCCAAUGGAUGCUUGAUCCCUUCGAAUGAAACUGGUAUUGUAUUGAUCUAUUUAAUGAUGGUAACGAUUCCAAGUGGUCAGCUAUAACGUUGGCUAUCGUGAGUGUGUCUCGUGUAAGUCUUUCUGACAAUCGUAAUGUCAAGCCUGUGGUGCUUCGUUUGCCGCUUAAAUCGUAAACUCGAUUUCGCAGUUCAGAAGCUGUUUGGUUGUCAUUGAUUCAAUCAAUGAAGUCCUCAAAUGUUAUUCUAUUGGUCUCUCGAAUUCGUUUCGUGUUGAGUGAUGAGCGUCUAUUCAUAUUCGUAUACGAAUUGAGAUUUUACCGGACGACCUUUUAGUAAACGUUUAGCAGCUCGGAGCUGUUUAGCUCUUUUUGAUCAGCUUCUUGAUGUCUACAUACCACCAGACCUUCGACCUGGAUUUGGAGCAGUUCGAGGAACAAAAGAUAACGCCGUUCGAUGGAUUGUACUCAGAAAGCCUUCAAUAUUAUUAGGUGCUGUGCUGUGAUACUUCAGAGUCUACUAUCUCUUGGAAGUGAGGUCUUGGCCAGUCUGGCUGAUUAACUAUUAACUAUGUUUGGGCUGCCAUCAACCUUAGGCUCUUGUUGGCCUCUGAUGAAUGUUGUAGCUCCGUUAUUAAGAACAACCAAAUCUAGAGAUUCUGCAACUUCCAUAACGAGAAGUCUCCUGUCAUUAGAUGAUCGACUUUUCCCACCGAAUAUAAUUGUGAAAGGGAGCCGGUACUCGAGUCCCACUCCCACUAGGCGUAGAUUUGUGUUGAGUUGAAGCGUAGAAUAACGAAAAGUGUACAAAACAGCAAUGGCAAUUGAGUGGUAGUUGUUUUCGUUGCAUUUUAGGCUCCACUAGGGUAGGUAAUCAAAAGUUGAACCAAAUUUGCGGCUUUCUGAAGCAGCGCAAAUUUUGAGUGAUUUUUUCUACCACAUGGAAAUAAUUCACUACUAUAAAAUCUUUUGUACAUGAAAGCCACGGGUAUAAGCAUUCUGUUAAAUGGUGAAAAGUUUGUAUUUGCACCGAAUUUUAUUGAAAUAUUCGAAUAUUUAUCAACAAUGAUUUUUAUCUUAAUUUGAACCAUCCUAAUCAUAAUUUGAACCAAUUUUAAUCUUAAUUUGAACUACUGGCGGCAGCAGCUCGAGCAGCUCCCAGAGCAGCCAAUUUCGUGCUGAACAAUAGAAAAACACAUGAAUCUGCUAAUUCCCAUAACUAUUUUUCAUUAGGCAGUGGAAUUUCAACUAACAAUGUUCAAAAUUCUUCAGGAAUUUGGAAACAAAAUUUGGAAAUUUUCAUCCUCCAAGAGUAAACAAAGCAGCGCAGUCUGCUGGCCAAUACUAGAAGCUUACUAGUUCAAAUUUAAAUUACACAUAGUUCAACUUAACCCUAUCCCGCCCAUGACUUCUUUUAGUGUUUAAAAAUAGUUUUUAUUAUUUUUGCUCAAAAUGGUAGAACAAAAUCUUAUUUUCUAGGCCAAAAUUAUCGUUUAAGGCUAUUACAACUCAAAUAUGAGGUGGUGCUCUGGAGCACCACCAGGCAUUUGAAGACCUUUUUUUCAUGAUUUUUCUCGUUAAAAAUGGUCAAAGCACAGGAUGCUUCGUUUUACAAUCCAAGAAAAGUACUUUCCGAACCAGUUUUAUACAAAUUUAUUACAAUUCGAGACAAGUUGUUCUCAAAAACUUCAAACUUUUUGCCAACAGAAUUCUAGAAUGGGAUGCAAACAAUGAUUACAUUGGAAAAUUGCUUAUUUUUUGCACGCCAUGUGCCCAGUGGUGCAUACAUAUAUGCACCAUGCAUAUUGUAUCAAAUUAAGAGUUUAAAUACACAUUUCAGAUCUUUUAAACGUAUGACUACACAAAGAAAUAGUAAAUCUGCUUGGGAACUAUUUUUAUUUCAACCCAUGAGGAUAACUAUGCCAUUGAUUAACACGUCAAAGUUAGUCAUUAUUUUUUUGUAUUAUUUUCCAGAGCUAUGUAAUCCAUUCUCCUUGGCUGAGUUUAAUCUGGCUUUAUCUAUUACCAAAAAUACAGCUCCGGGUAUUGAUAACAUAAAAUUUAUUGUUUUAAAAAAAUUGCCUGAUGAAGGAAAACUUCAUUUACUUUCGAUAUAUAACAGCUUCUUUCUUCAAAAUAUCAUUCCUUCCGAAUGGCGCUCCAUCAAAGUAAUAAGUAUUCUUAAGCCUGGUAGAGAUCCUUCAUUGGCUGACAGCCGAAGACCUAUCAGUUUGCUAUCAUGUUUACGUAAACUCAUGGAGCGAAUGAUUUUAAAUCGUCUUGAAUUUUGGGCGGAAGAAAACAACAUUUUUUCUCCUUUGGAUUUAGAAGGGGUUGUGGUACGCGUGAUUGUGUUUCACUUUUAGCUUCAGAAGUUCAACUUGCAUUUAAUCAAAAACAAGAUGUAGUUUCUACUUUUUUAGAUGUCUCUGGAGCUUAUGAUUCUGUUCUGAUUGAUUUGUUGUUCAAAAAAAUGAACAAUUUGAAAAUUCCAUGUUUAAUUUCAAAUUUUUUAUAUAAUUUAUUUUCAUUUAAAAUUAUGCAUUUUUUUCAUAAUAAUUCUUCCAAAACAAUAAGAUAUAGUUUCUUUGGCCUUCCACAAGGAUCAUGUUUAAGCCCGUUUUUAUACAAUUUAUUCACUAGUGACAUGGCAUCCAUUAUUCCUAAUGGUUGCUAUUUGCUUCAAUUUGCUGAUGAUAAUGUUCUUUCCAUACGUGGAAAAAAUAGAGAUGUUAUUGAACAUUUUAUGCAAUGUGCUUUGGAUAAUUUGGAUAUGUGGGCUCAUGAAAAUGGAUUCUCAUUUUCAGUUCAAAAAACCAAAUUUAUUUUAUUUUCGAGAAAACAUUCGCCCAUUAGCAUUAAUUUAUUUCUCAAUGGACUUCAAAUAGAACAAAUUGAUGAGUAUAAAUAUCUUGGUAUUUGGUUUGACUCUAAAUUAAAUUGGAACACUCACAUUAUACACAUUCAAAAAGUUUGUUCAAGAAGAAUUAAUUUUCUUCGUACAAUUACAGGCACUUGGUGGGGUGCAAAUCCUUCUGAUUUGAUAACGCUAUAUAAAACCACUAUUCGUUCAGUAAUGGAAUACGGUUGCUUUACUUUUGGUAGUGCUGCACAAAUUCAUUUUUCAAAACUUGAAAGAAUUCAAUACCGUUGUUUGAGAAUUUGUUUAAAACUAAUGAAUUCCACUCAUACUCAAUCAAUAGAAGUUCUUGCUGGUAUUGUUCCACUUAAAAUUCGUUUUCAGGAGUUAAAUUGUAAAUUUUUGAUAAAUUGUUUUGCAAAUAAUCAUCAAAUCAUAAGCACAUUGGAGUCGUUAUACCAAAUUAAUCCUUCGAAUAGAAUAUUUGAUUCUUUUACUCACUGUAAAAAUCAAAAUCUUUUACAUGUGCAUUUAAAUAACGUUUAUGAUUUCAAGUUAAACAUACAUACAUAUGAACCAUUAAUUGACUUGUCCUUAUUUUAUGAAUUGCGGCAAAUACCAAAGUUGCUUCAUUCGCAUUUUGCAAAUUUUCUAUUCCAACGUAAAUUUGAGGGAUUCAACCCUACACAAAUGUAUUUCACAGAUGGUUCUCUGAUUGAUGGCAUUGCAGGUUUUGGAGUGUAUAAUUUAUGUUUAACUCAUUUUCAUAAAUUACAAUCUCCGUGUUCUAUUUUCAUUUCAGAACUAAUUGCUCUGUAUUUUACAUGUACAAUGAUCAGAGAUUGUCCGCCCAAUUUGUAUAUCAUAUUAGCGUGGUUCAAAAAAUCGUUUUUGCUCCACACCGCUUAUUCGAUCCCUAACCAGAUUAUAUGCCUUCUCACAAAAUUUGAGCUCAUUUGGUUGAAAACUGAGACUGCACAAGCCCGUCAAAGUUUGUAUGGGAAUUACUAUGGGAAAACGAUGUUUUUCAUUCAAUCAACCGUAGUAUUUCCCCAAGUGCCCUAGUGGGUUAGUCGACCCUUGGUAAUCCAAGGCACCUCUAUCAGCUGCAACUUUGCCGAAGACCGCAUUCAAAUCGGACGCCUCAUUAAUUAGUUACCGAUUUUUAUCCAGAAUCGAAAUCUUUGCUUAUGAUGGUUAAACUAUUCGGUGGGCAUCACUGCAUUCUGCAGUGGAACAUAGUAGCCAUGAUUUCAGUGUGCUAUCUUUGGCGCCAUAUGCAGCAAUGUUGCCUGCUGGGAAGCUGGAGGAUCAUAGCUAAAGUUUGCCCAGUUGGAUACAAAUCGAUAACUAAUUAAUGAGGCGUCCGAUUUGAAUGCGGUCUUCGGCAAAGUUGUAGCUGAUAGAGUAGCCUAGUAUUACCAAGGGUCGACUAAUUCAAUAGGGCACUUGUGGAAAUGCUACGGUCGAUUGAAUGAAAAACAUCGUUUUCCCAUAGUAAUUCCCAUACAAACUUUGACGGGCUUGUGCAGUCCCAGUUUUCAACCAAAUGAGCUCAAAUUUUGCGAGAAGGCAUAUAAUCUGGUUAGGAAUCGAAUAAGCGGUGUGGAGCAAAAAUGAUUUUUUGAACCACGCUAAUCAUAUGCUCUGAUAGUUUCAGUUGUCUGAGUGCUUUGAAUACUAUUAAAUCCAAUUUUAAAUCACAUCAUAUCAUGUUGAUGUUGAGAAAAAUAUUAUUUGAUUUGCAUUAUGAAGGAUAUGUUAUUAAAUUUGUUUGGGUUCCUGCUCAUUGUAAUAUUUAUGGCAAUGAACAGGCGGAUUUAUUGGCAAAAUUUGGGGUUAUGCGUGGACAAAUUUAUCAUCGUGAUAUAUUUCCUUCUGAAUAUUUUCCCAAUCUGAGAAAUUAUUCUCUAAAUGCUUGGCAAAUCAAUUGGAAUUCUAGUGAUAAAGGGCGAUGGUGUCAUUCAAUAUGUCCCAAGGUGAAUCAUUUUCCUUGGUUUAAAAAUGUAUCUGGGAGUAGAAAUUUCAUUUGUGCUUUUUCGAGAUUGAUAUCCAAUCAUUAUAUUUGUAAUAGUCAUUUGUAUCGUAUCAACAUUGUAGAUUCAAACUUAUGCGAAUGUGGCUUAUCGUAUGAAGACAUUGAUCACAUUAUAAUUAAUUGUUCUCGGUUUAUUGCACCGAGGAAGAUACUAUUUGAUAGCCUAAUUGCAGCAGGUUUUUCAAUUCCUGUAUCUAUACGGGAUAUUUUGGGCUUAAAAAAUGAACAUAUAUUGAAACUUUUGUUUAAAUUUCUAAAUGAUAUUGCUUAUUUUGUUUGAUACUGUUCCCCUUUUUUUGUUCUCUUUAUUUUCAGCCUUGAAGAUUGGUUUUUGAUGACCCCCUGACCCCUUCUCCUUCCCCAUUAGGAUUUCUGGAUUUCUGAAAACUCGUUUUAUGAUUUGGCAUGAUGUCCUCUUUCAAGAUAUCGGCUCCGUUAUGGUUCACUGCCGUGUGAGCCUUUAGUUUUAAGUUAUUUUUAUAAUGUUUUUUUGAAAAGAAAAAGAGGUUUUGUGCCUCUUUGAGAAAGAUUUCGUUUUUGAAAUGCCGAAAUCACUCAAAGGGGUUUUUCCCUCUUUCAAAAUUUCAAGUUAAAAUAAACAAUAACAAUAACAAUAUUUUUUUUUUGUCGAAAAAAUAGCUAUUCGUGAAAACUUUUUUUGACAAAAACAUUGAAUUUUUAUGCGCAUACUUAGUGUAAUGCUUUUAGAUAGACAACAACAUGUGAAAUCAUGAUUUACAAUUAAAAACAUUCAAAAAACUUCACUAGUUUCAGAGAUACAAGGGUUGAAAGUUAUGGUGCUCUACAGACACCAUGGGCGGGAAAGGGUUAAGAUAACAUUCUCCAAGUAAGAAUUACUUAAAUUUGAUAAUGUUUUGACAAAUAAUGCGAAAUAUUAUUCGGUUGGUCGAUUCUACGAUAAAUAAGCUUUCAUUUGACGUAUUCACUUGCGUGUGAUAUAAUGCAUGAGCUGUACGAGUGCACCGAAAAUGUGCUUUCUUUGGGGGAAAAUGGGUGUAAUCACAGUGAUUUUUCAAUUGCUUAUUUUCGAUGACAAAAGCGCUUUUUUCAAUGCUUUUAAAGUCAAUGUUAUCAGGUUAUAUUACAGAAAACUGUUUAACAUCUUUUUCGGGACAAUGUUUGCCCAAAAAGUACGUCGUUUUAAUGAAUUUCAAAAUGGUUCAAAUUAAGAUUACAAUUUGACUAGUUCAAACUUUGAUUUCUUACCCUAUACAUAAUUCUCCCUGGCCAAGUUCGCAGGGGUUGACGGUAGUAAAGUGAAGGAGCUUCAUUUUGAUUAUUGUAAUAUAGUGUUCUUUAGUGAAACAUAUCACCUUUUUAACACUUUAAUGCGCCUCCAAUGCACUUUAACGCGCCUCCUUUUUAACACUUUAACGCGCCGUGGCUCAGUAGAGUCUAUUCCUAAGCAAUAGUUCCAAGUCGGUUGGAUUGGAGAAGGUUUUGAUGAUCGUUGCAAAUCCUAAUAAAGGUAUUAUAGGAUUUGUAACAGGUUUUGGAACCUUUUACAGCCAACUGACUUCAAAAUGUUGUUUGGGCUUUCUUUCCCACGUUUCUCGGUUGAUUUUGAUUAAUAAUUUAUUAUUGCCAUAGACGCUUUUUCGAAUUUUGAUUAUGUUGGUCAUAUUUUCUUUAAAUAAAGCAAUUAAAAUCAACCGACGAAUUAAUAGUGGGAAGGAGAUUUGCAGCACUUAAUUGUGCUGAUAGAUUUGAAGCUAACGUGCGAACACUUAAACGCAUUGUUGACGUCAACGCGUUCGACGUGACAUUUUGGACAAAAACUGACUGCUUUUUACUAACUGAACAACGUUACUUGUGUAUGACUAGGUUGACAUUUCUAAGCUAUAGCGUAUACGCUUGGGAAAAUGACAUGGCUUAUCUAGGGAGGACCGACAGGACAAUUGAACGAAUUUGGAAUAUUUUUCAUAGUUUUUGUAGGGGGAUUAAAGCAUAAUAGUUGACAAGCAAUCUUUAUUAUUUUCAAAUUUUAACGAAAUCAACUGACCAGCUUGGUGUAUUUUUGUUUAUCUCUCAGAUGGUAUUAUCACAUUAACAGAAACAUAUCAAUCAGGAGUUCAAUUACAUAUUUCUGUGGAUCUUGGACCGAUGACAAUUUAAGGACACAAUAUAUGAACACAGAGAAGUAGGAAACGAUUAGCGAAAUCAAGAAAACAAUUUGACACAGGACCGACUAUAUAUUAACAAACGGCACGGGUUUCGAAUGAUUCGAUAAAAAAAAAACAAACAUACGAAAACUGACUUAAAAAGGCAGAAAAACAUUAAACCAUACCACAAAACCAAACAAGAAGACAAAUACAAGACGUGUGAACAUAACACUACAUAGGCAAAUCCUGACUGACUGAUCAAUUGAACACUUUCCAAUCUUCUACCGUAACUUUCUGAGUCAGUUUGCAACAGUGUCUUAAUGGAUAUCAUUUUCCGCGUACGUCUGACAAAUUGCUUCUGAAAGGUUACGCACUCUUUCCUAUCUUCAGGUCUAGUGUAGAAGUUUCAACUCUAUUCAGAGUGCAGCUAGAUACGUAGUAAAAAAUAUAAAUAAUUCUCUCAAACUAGUAUGGAAUGAUAAAGGCGGUUUUUUCCAAUACCAAUAGACAAAUUGUUCGUGCCCAUCAUAAAACAAGAAUUGAUUAGAAGAAAAAUCGAAACAUCGCAAACUUUUGCUCAAGAGUGUACUGUUAAAUCGGUGAUGGAACGACUGAAGACUUAUUCUCCUAACAUGAAAAUAAAAACCGGAAUGAUAGCUGUUUCAAUGCUACCAUCCGAAACAUCAAGGCAGAUAGGUGCUGAAAUAUACGUUUUACCUAAGUAACUUUCCUGAAAAUAAAAUCCAACU